GAAAAUGACCAAAGGGCGUCCUUUGCGCCUCCUUUCCAACGCCGCUAGCUGUGCUAGUCUCUAUAAAGGGCAGUCCUUUAUGAAGAACCAAGUGAAGACUGAGCCUGGUCGGGAGAAUAUCGAGGAGGAUCUGAGGGUGGCCGCGGCGACCCUUCGAGCCCUGAAGCAGAAAGCCGAAUUGCUUCAGCAGCAAGAGGGCUUGUCUGCUGCAGAAACGGGAAAGGAAGCCGACUCUUCGGCGCCUUCUGAGCCAGUGUUGGCAGACCCUGUUGUGACAACAACAUGUGAUAUCCCCAGCCCCAGACCACCCACUUCACGACCCCGACCCGUGGCCACCCCGUCCCGCUGUUGCCUCGCUUUGCCCAGAGUCGUUUCAUCUGAUGCUCAGCCCACAGACUUCUUUGAAGACGAAGAGGGUGCUGAUGGGCGAGAAGGAGUUCAUGGGGGAGAAGGAGUUCAUGAUGAGGACGACAAUGAACUUCGGGAGAUGCUGCAGAAGGUGGCUUGCAAGGACGAGAAUACCCAUGAAGCCCCCGAGGAGCCUACGACGCCGACAGUGCCGGAUGAAGAGAUGGAUCAUGUGAUUUCGAAUGAUGUUUAUUGGCGCCAUGCGAACGAUUUGGGUGAGGUCGGUGACUCUACUUUUCCGGAAACGCAGCUUGAUGUUGAUAUCGAGUCCGCCCAUGAGGAGCUUGAUAAGGCCUAUCAGAAGGAAAGUGUGCCUGCUUUGGCUGCAGCCGCAAAGCCCAUUCGGCCCUCGGUGGCGCCACGGUUGCGGUCGAAGCCCAGCACAGCUCCGGAGCCACGUUCGCAGGAGCCAAAGCCAAGCAGUGUUCCGAAGCCAAAGACAAGCACAGAUCCGUCUGGGUCAAAGCCAAACAGUGUUCCGGAGCCAAAGACAAGCACAGAUCCACAGGGGUCAAAGCCAAGCAGUGUUCCGGAGCCAAAGACAAGCACAGAUCCACAGGGGACAAAGCCAAGCAGUGUUCCGGAGCCAAAGACAAGCACAGAUCCACAGGGGGGGUUAAAGCCAAGCAGUGACGAGCCAAAGUCUGGGAAGGCUGAGGUUGCAAAGACCACGAAUCGGGUACCUUCGCGAAAGCCCGUUCAGAUCACCCGCCAGCAGUUUCGCAACAUGGAUGCAAAGCUCCGACGAUGGUGUAAGCCAUCGGCGAAGCGAGGCACUUUGCAGGUAUCGACCGAGGUGGCCGAGAAGUGGAAGUGCACAAAGUUUCGUAAGAUCUUGCUGGGAAACCUCAUUCAAUGCAACGGAGACCAGGACAAGUUCAAUGCCAGAAUGGAAGUCAUGAUCAAGCAGAAGAAAGAGGGGAAAGUGGAGAUCGUCAGUGGGUUUUAUACGGAAGAAAAAAUGAAGGACCGGGUGAAGGCGGUGAGGGAGUACUGCCUUGCCUCGCGGGAGCGACGCAAGACGCUCGUGAGACGUGAUAAGUACCAGAAGCAGAUCCGUGAGUUCUGGGUGGAUGUCCAGACAAGUGGGACUUUGGCAACCACGAACACCGAGGAGUUUUCGUUUUGCUUUGAGAUCAUCGAUCCGACGUGUGAGUUGCCCGGGCCGGUCCUGGGUAAAGAGCCAAUGCCAGCCUACGACGGCACGCUAGGUGAAGACGAUGAGACAACGGAGGAGGAGGAUAAUGAGGAGGAUGGCCCGGACUCCAAGGAGGAGGUGACCCCAAGCAAAACCGGGAAAAGGAAGCGCCGCAGAGUCCGCUCGACCCCUAGAUCCACCCCCCGUCGUGGCAAGGAGAUUCAAUCAAAAAAAUCAAAGCAGCAGCUUGAUGAAGAGGAGGAAGCUCUUGAGGACUUUCGGAUCGCGAUUCCACAUGCGAGUGGCUAUGUGUGCAAUUAUAAACCUGCUCUUAUCCACGACCCAUGGAAAAAUCGCACACACUUAAUCAUGUCCACGUGUUGCUCAUAUGGUGUUCAGUAUGCACGCAUACAUGCAUAUAUAAUCUCAUGUCACGUAUGUACAUGUGUGUCUGUGUGUGUGUGUGUNNGGGGGGGGGGGGGGGGGGGGGUGCUUAUAGUGGUCUCUCGAUCGUAA